AUAAAAGGCCUGUGAUGCGUUCUAAAGAACAUCACUUUUAUUUCGAACGCGCCAAACACAACACUGGUCAGCCAACUAACGGAAUUUUUGUUCUUACUCUCUCUUGAAAACUAAAAAAAUCACAAAAAGUGAAAAUAAAAAGAAAAUUUACGUGCAAUUUUCGUAAAUAUAAAGAAAGUAACUGAAAACAAAAUCAAACGUGUUUUUCAAAAAUAAUUGAUUGUGUGUGUGUGUGUUAAACUAAAUAAAUAGUUGUUUUCCUUAUUUAAUUUCCUUUUUGCAAAGUUAAGAAAAAAACUCCUAAACAACCAUGUCUAUCUCUGAUUUCCGCAAAAAGAAGUUGUUGUUCUUGUUCAAUGUUUUCUUUGAUGUGAACCAAAGUGGUGAAAUUGACAUUAAGGAUUUUGAAUUGGCCAUUGAGCGUGUUUGUACAUUACGUGGCUGGGCUAAGGAUACACCAAAGAAUAAGCAAACCCAUGCUGUCAUGUUGGAAAUUUGGGAAGGUUUACGUUCAAAAGCUGACAAGGACAAUGAUGGUCAGGUUUCCGUCGAAGAAUGGUGCAACAUGUGGGACGCUUAUGCCAAAGAUCCCAGCACUGUUAUGGACUGGCAAAACAAGUACAUGAAUUUUAUGUUCGAUCUAGAAGAUGCUUCUACCGAUGGCAGUAUUGAUGUUUCCGAAUUUGCUUUAGUCUGCUCCAGCUAUGGUUUGGAGAAGAAAGAAUGCGAAGAGGCCUUUGCCAAAAUGGCCCAGGGUAAUGAGGAAGUAACACGUGAACAAUUUGCUGCCUUGUGGGAAGAAUAUUUCUCAUCUGAAGAUCCCUCUGCUCCCGGUAAUUACAUUUUUGGCAAAACCUCAUUUUAACAACUUUAAAUGGAAGCAUGAUGUUAAAAAAAUUUUGGUUUAAAAAAACAAACUUGACUUUAUAAAAAAGGUAUAAACCCAAAAGAAAUGAACUAAAACACACUGGAACAAACUCAAUUCCUUAGUAAAUUUAUUAUAAAAAACAAAGUAUAUAUUAUAUUAAAAAUUAUAAAAAAAUAUUUAACUAAAAACCCAUACAAAUUCAAAAUAAAACAAAUAAAAAUAUAUGAAAAUCAAUUAAAGAAUUUUAAAAUAACAAAUUAACAAAAUAUGUUUUCUUUAUUUUUUAUAAUACAGAAAAUUAAAUAAUAAUUGUUAUAAAUUAAAUAAAAUAUUUAUAAUACAACAUUCAAUUAAAAUUGAAUUAGUAAAGCAAAAACAAAAAUAGAAAAUUUAAUAAAAUAAAAAAAAAUCACACACUAUAACAAAACAGAGAGAAAUAUAUAAAUAAUGUUAUUAUUAUGAAAUAAAAUCAAUUAUUAUUUAUAUAUUUAGUAUAAAUUUUGAGAUUUAACAACAACUAAACAGCGAAGAGAAGAGAAAAAAACUUUAUAAACAUUUAAAUGAAAUGACAUUGUAAGCUUUUUCUAGCUAAAGGGAGUGUUUUAAAGAUAAAUAAACCAUUAAAUUAUGGUUUAAAUUUAUUUUAGAUAUAAUAAAUCAAAUCCAAAAUUAAAAAAAAAAAGAAGUUCCGUCUUUUUUUACUUUAUUUAAUUACAAUAUAACUUUGAAAUAAAUGUUAUUUAAUGUAUUUGAUAAAUUAACAUUAAUUAAUAAAAAAAAAUUAUGUUAAAUUUAAUAAAAAUAUUAUAUGAAAUUGAUUAAAUAGUUUAUGCAUCAACCAAAUUAGUGUUCUAACGCUCUCAAUGUCGUCUCUCUUUGUCUCUUUUCAUGGUCAAUUUAAAAUUUAAAAAUUAACUUAAGGCAAAAUACACUUUAAUAAACAAAUUGGUUAAAACUAUAAGCGUAUAAAUUAAUAAAUCUGAUUCGAAAUUUUUGUAUUGUUUUCAUUUAAGUUCAUAUUUUUAGGUUCUACAAUUAUCGAUUUUUCGGAAAAAAGAAAUGUUUUGAAUUCUAUUGAAAUUAAAGUUUAGAAUUUGUCCUUUAUGUUAGGAAUAUUUCGAAAAAGAGAUUUUUUAACGGAAAGAAAUAGCUUUAAUAAUGAAUCGUCGUAGACAAAUGUUGUAAAAAUUCCAAACUACUCUCGAUUGUUGGCCCCAAAAUUGAUGUUGCGGAUCUUCCUCUUGGAAAAGAGAAUUUAUUUCAUUCUAAGACACCAUUUCUCAAUAUGUUUGCCUUGACGUCAAUAUUUGGUUAGCUGGAGCAGAGGAUAAAAAGAUCCUUUUUGGUCCUUUUAGGUUUUCCAAAAUUUUAUAUAGAAUUUCGGUAAAAUUCAAUUACUUUUAUCGUUAAACAAAGAAGCUUUCUUAUGAUACCAAAAUUUCAUAUACAUAUUUAUUUUGAAAGACAUAUGAAAAAAAAUCAUGAAAACCUUAAAAAUAAGGAAUUUUAUUAAAAUCAUUAAAACCUCAAAAAGGACUUUUUUAUCCUUUGAUAUAACUCACCAAAUAUUGAAGGCAGGACCAGAAUUUUGAGAAACGAUAUCUUAGAAUCGAAAGUUUAAUUGGAAACAUUGAUACCUAAUUUUUCCUUCAUACAAACGGGGCCAACCUAGUGAGAGAUAUUUGUUGAUUCUGUAUGACGUAACUAAAACAGAAUAUUUAGCAAUCUAUUCGAUCAGAUCAUUAACAAUGCGGGCGGUAGCUACCGAUCGAUAUUCAUCAACCAGUAGCUCAGUUGUACCUGUUCUGUUUACAUGCCUUAACACUAUUGAUCCUAUAUUGAACGAAAUUAAUCUAUAUUAUGAACUAUUGUCAAUUUUAUUUUUUAAUUGUACAUUGUCAGCCUUCAAACACUUUAGGUCCAGACAGGACUUGGAGGCGAAUAAUAAACGAAUAAGCCGACUAUCGGCUAAAACAAUUAAUUUUGCUUCUAAAAGUUUGUUUAUUGAAACUCAAAAUCUGUAAGACAUUUAGAUUUUCAAAGAAACAUUAUUAGCAAUCGUCUAGAACAUUAAGAUUCAUACGUGAACUAAAUCACCAAUGGUGAACCAGAAGGGCUGCACAAAAGAUCUUAACUUGGGUCGUAGUGCUUGGUGCCCCCUUAAGAGAUCAUUUUUACAAUCUCCGAUAUAUUUUCUCUGAAACUUUAUGAAUCUUGAUUCCUUAAAUAUGACAUAUUCGCAGUUUAUAGAGAUUAAUUCUAAAAAGUCUAUUUAUAUUUUGACUAUAGAAACAAGGAAUCUUAAAGGAACUUUUGCUGUUUAUUUCAAUUUUUGAUAGAACAGUUUACAGAUUCUAUAAGAUUUAAAAUGUUGUCCCAGAACCGUCCAAGAUUUUCUGUGACAUUUUCCUUAUAGAACAUCCUUUUGAUUCUCUGUACGAGAAUGUUAAUUUUUAAAUUAUUAUACUGAAACUAUGGACGGAACACAUUCACCUUACCAUCCCCAGCGUAAACUCUCUCUCUGACUUUAAUGAAUAAAGUUCUUUAUUUAAAUGCUAGAUCAGUCAAAAAGUUUCUUUAGAUAUAUUAAAAGUUUAUCCAUCAACAUUCCCACGAGUCACUGAAAAACAUGUGAUCUCUGAGAUCAGUCAGACAUUUAUCAACUUGAUCACUUUCUAAAACAUUACGGAAUCCAGGUUCCUGAUUGCAGUCUCUUUACAUCAAUUUAUAUUUUCACGAGCAGAUGAAUUUAGCAAUGUAUUUGUAAUUUGUAAAAUGUAUAACACUCGAUACCUAUCAUAGUUAAAUGAGGUGCAGGACAAACUAUUUAAGAUUUGACCAUGAUAUAUCGUCAGAUUUAUUGUGAAAAAUCCUUAUAUUCCCUAAACUAUUACAGAUGUACCUGAUGAAGAAAAGUACUAAAUAAACAUAUUUCGAUAUAGAUCUCUCAGCCUCUAACUUGUAAGCUAUACGAGUCGAUAUUUACCAUUUAAGGUGGAUACAAAACCAAUAUUUUUUCCGUUUAGGCUUUAAACUAAUUAUAGUUUAUUUUUUUAAGUGUAUUUUGCCAAAUAUCAUAUUUAAAACAAAUUUAUUUUCCUUUUUUUUUUUU